CAAAGUGCGCGAGCACCGAGGGCAAAGUGCUUCCGCUUCCGUAUUUAGAUUACAGAUACAGACAAAUCUGACCGUGGAGAAGAAUAACUGUGUCCAAAUGCUAUCAGUUUACGGAUCUUCGGGAUUCUACAAAGCUCCAGUGAGUAAGGGUCUUGUGUGGCUGUCCCUGGCCGCAUCCUUUGCUUUCUCCUUCCCACUACAGCACUACAAGAGCUACCUCCUGUACAACCCACAGCUGCUGCUGGAGAAACACCAGAUAUGGCGGCUUCUCUCCUCCCGCGUGGCCUUUCUUGAUCUCAAGGAUCUGUUUGUGUGCUGCAUGCUGGUCUAUUACUUCAGGAUCUUUGAACGCAGAUUUGGAUCCAGAAAGUUUGUAUCGUACCUGAUGGCGUCAGGAGCCCUGGCCUGUGGUGUGGAGUUGGUGUCACUGUGGGUGUGUCAGCACCUGGAGAUAUCCGUGGAGAAUCUGCCAACAGGACCGAUCUGCUUCGUGUUUCCUCUGUUUGUGCCGUACUACUUUGAUAUUCCACGCGUCGCCAUGACUCACAUUCUGGGCGUGCCAGUCACAGGGAAGACGCUGACCUACAUCCUGGGUCUACAGGUUGCGAGUCCCACGUUUGAGACAAGACUUGUUGCAGUCUGUGGAAUUAUUGGUGGGUUGCUGUGGAGACUGAACUUUCUGAAAGUGAAGUCCCUGGUGGUGAUCCCGAGGUGUGUGGCCUCCAUGCUGGAUGCGACGCUGGGGCGGGUGCUGCAGUCGCCACCCCCGAAGACGCCGGAGCUGCCGAUGGGCGCCACGCUGGAGCUGCAGAGACAGGAGCAGCUGGACCGGCUGGAGCAGCAGAUGGUCAUGGCCUUCCAGAACUCACAGCCAGCCCACCGCCCAAACAUCGAUAUCCCCAGGCCACAGCCACUGAAUGUAGCAAACGGUCCUGGUAUAUUUGGAAACCCUGACUUUCUGUUACCACCUGGCUUACGUCAGCGCAAUAACAUGGACGAUGUCCCCCCUGACAACCACAACUCUGCCUCCGACCUCUCAGGACCACAGCUGGAGGAACAGGUGCAACGACUUGUAGAGAUGGGAUUUAGCCAGGACCGAGUAAGGCAUGCUCUCCAGGUUACCAACAAUGAUAUUUCCAUGGCAACCAAUGUUCUUCUACAGGAGACAUAACACAGGAUUGAUGAUGUCAAGCAGGGAUGUUUUAUUAAACUGCCAUAGAUCAUUACGUGGACAGUACUUGCUGGGAUGGAAGUUGCACUUCAGAUAAUGAACACCGCUCACUUGUGUUGCAGCAUGCCAUUGGAGGAAGUGGAAGUUUACUCUGAAUCAUGAAAUUUGAUUGGACCAAUUACUUUCAACACUCUCCUAGCAUGUUUACGUGUGGGUCAACAUUUUAGAUUUACCCCAUGGAUGUUAACUUGCCCAGAAAAGAAUUAACAUGCUGUGUCAGGAACCUGGCCAGGUCCUCAUGGACCAGACCCAUUGUGUGACUAUGUGUGACUGUCUGUGUGACUGUCUGUGUGACUGAGUGUGAUUGUGUGUGUGACAUCAGUCAGUCAUUACACGUGCUUAUAUACCAGAGUACUGACAGAUACAAGAAUAGUGACAGAUACUAGAGUACUGAUAGAUACUGAAGUACAGAGAGAUACUAAAGUACAGACAAAUACUAGAGUACUGGUGGCCUCGGAGAACAAAGGUGAUGGGGAAAGGUAUUGAGUAUUUAUCUUUAGGAUCAUACGUGAAGGCUGCGAAUGUAAACUGUCACAAUUUCAGUGUUGACUCACAGACAAAAGUAAUUUAUACCAAUUGAGAUUCACUAAUCAGUUUGUUUACUGUAGUGGCAAUGUUGAUACGUUGCAGAUUGGAUUCAGUGUCGAUUCACAGAUGAUAGUAAUUGAAACUCACUCAGUUUCACUAAUCUGUUUGUGUACUGAACUACAGUGAGAUUAUUCCAUGUACGUUUGAUGGUUCACUGCGGACUGACACUGAUGGAGUUUGUCACUCAUGUUAGAAUAUAUUAAGAGUUAUGACUCAGAAUGUGUUACUCACAUGAAUUUUACAUGAUAAUAUAUAGCAGUCAGGACUUAAGAAACAGUUACCAUAGGUGUUAUUAUGUUAAAACCGUGUUCGUUUAUAGUCAUGUUCUACUGUAUAUGGAUCAAUAGUCCUGAUGCACAUGGAUAAACAUUCUCAAUAUGUAGCCUAGUUAAUCUUUGAGCAUAAUUAAAAUGGCACCCUUAUAUGAAGUGAGGGAAACAUAAUGAGGCUUCUGAAGUGACCACAACUGUCAGUGAUGACAAAAUGUUCUACACAGGUAUUGGGGUGCAGUAGAGUGACAUCACUGUCCGUGAUGACAAAAUGUUCUACACAGGGAUUGGGGUGCAGUAGAGUGACGUCACUGUCCGUGAUGACAAAAUGUUCUACACAGGCAUUGGGGUGCAGUAGAGUGACAUCACUGUCCGUGAUGACAAAAUGUUCUACACAGGCAUUGGGGUCAGUAGAGUGACAUCACUGUCCGUGAUGACAAAAUGUUCUACACAGGCAUUGGGGUGCAGUAGAGUGACAUCACUGUCCGUGAUGACAAAAUGUUCUACACAGGCAUUGGGGUGCAGUAGAGUGACAUCACUGUCCGUGAUGACAAAAUGUUCUACACAGGCAUUGGGGUGCAGUAGAGUGACAUCACUGUCUGUGAUGAAGAAGUACCAAAUGGCAGGUUUCUUGGACUUCCUUGAGCUGAAUCCGUAAGCCUCUCCAUGCUAGGAGUAUUAUGGCAUGAGGUCAUGAAGCAAUGAAUUAUAUUCUAUUUAUCAGUGUAAAAGUUAAUUGUCUGAGGUGAUUAAAUUAUCAGGUUCUUGUGUAUUGUAGUCCUACCUUGAUACAUUGUGUAUCAUGUCAACGUGACGGUGCAUCCCUGUUACAAAUACAAGUCUGUUUAUGAAGCUUUCAUAUUCUGAACCUUGACUCUUGCACAGCAUACGCUGGUGAUUAAUAGUAACUUUGUAACUUUGCAUAAUACUGAUAGGAACACUAAUAAGAACACUGAUGACAGUUGUAAGGUUCCACAGUGGCGUGUGUUGUGUGAGUUCCUUGUUCCAUAUUCUUACUGUAAGGUCCUAUGUUGACAUGUGACUUCAUGGCCUGACAUGUGACUUCAUGGGUUUGACAUGUGACUUCAUGGGUUGACAUGUGACUUCAUGGGUUGACAUGUGACUUCAUGGGUUGACAUGUGACUUCAUGGGUUUGACAUGUGACUUCAUGGGUUUGACAUGUGACUUUUUGGGUUGACAUGUGACUUCAUGGGUUGACAUGUGACUUCAUGGGUUUGACAUGUGACUUUUUGGGUUGAUAUGUGACUUCAUGGGUUGACAUGUGACUUCAUGGGUUUGACAUGUGACUUCAUGGGUUUGACAUGUGACUUAAUGGGUUGACGUGAAUUCAUGGGUUUGACAUGUGACUUUUUGGGUUGACAUGUGACUUCAUGGGUUUGACAUGUGACUUCAUGGGUUGACAUGUGACUUCAUGGAUUGACAUGUGACUUCAUAGGUUGACACGUGACUUUUGGGGUUGACAUGUGACUUUUUGGGUUGACAUGUGCCUUUUUGUGUUGACAUGUGACUUUUUGGAUGGACAUGUGACUUUAUCCCCUAAGGCAGCUGAAUGUAAGGCGGGUAGAAAGUUUGAGAUCCUGUUGUAAAUGUGGUAGAUAUUGUAUCAAACAUCUUGAUUAGCUGACACAAGUGCUAUAUUGCAACAGAAGAUCAUUAAUACUGCUUGAAUCAUGUUAACAAAGGGGGGGCACGGGUGGCCCAGUCAUCUAAGGCGCCGCGAUUCGCUGUGCAGAGUUGCCUCCCUUGGGCACGCCAGAAACCUAUGAUUGUGGGUUCGAAUCCCGGUUCGCCCCGAUUAUGUUUCUAGGUUUGUCAGCACCAUACCUGUGCUCGUGGGAUUCACCGAAGUGGUAAACGUCUGAGACCUGCUUUCCUCCCACAUUAAGCUGACACGCUGCGAUAUAACUGGAAUACUGUUAAAAGCGGCGUUAAACCUAACUCUCUCACGCAUGUUAACAAAGAAUACAUCGCAUCGAAAUGAAUCUGAGUAAGGUAACUAUUUUAUGGUUUUUCAGUCUGUGGUAUUUUCGAAUGUAAUAAAUGCUAACAGUAUAUGACAAUAAGGUUGAUGUGUGAAUUAAUUGUAGUAGGAUCUCGGGCCAGUUCCGAUGUCACCACCACUCACUAAACAAUAACCACAGACUGUCAGUUGAUGUCAUGGGAGAAUGAAUGUAGAGCAUGAGGGACUUCAAUUGUGAAUAAAUGCUUUCAAAGA